GGCGGGCGGGGCGGGACGCACCUGCCUGCGGCCCCGGGGCGCUGCGCUGCGCGGGUUGGGGCUGCGCGGAGGCUGCUGGCAGCAUGGCCCGCCUGCUGCGCACCUUGCGUGGCUCCCAGCCCGUGGCGCGCUUCCAGCGCUGCUGCGGGCUCUUCCCCGCCGGCGAGGAGAGCGGCGGCUGCGACCCCGCGGAGGGGGCCCGGGGCCACGGCAUCUGCAACGGCGCGGGCGCUCUGCGCAGCCCGACAGCCGCCGACCGCGGCCUCCCCAACGGCGUGCGGAGCGGCCCGCAGGCUUGGUCACAGAAGUAUAUUGUGAAGAACUACUUCUACUACUACUUGUUCAAGUUUUCAGCUGCUUUGGGUGAAGAAAUUUUUUAUAUCACUUUCCUUCCCUUUAUCUACUGGAACAUCGAUCACUCUGUGUCUAGGAGGAUGAUAAUUGUUUGGUCUAUCGUGAUGUACAUAGGCCAGGUCUCUAAGGACAUCCUGAAGUGGCCUCGGCCCCUCUCACCACCUGUCGUCAAGCUGGAAACGAGGACGGAUGCAGAGUAUGGGAUGCCUUCCACCCAUGCCAUGGCAGCUACUGCCAUCUCCUUCUCCUUCUUCAUUGCAACUGUGAACCAGUACAAGUAUCCGUUCGAACUAGGCCUGGCAGCAGCGCUUGUGUUUUCCACGCUGGUGUGUCUGAGCAGGCUCUACACGGGGAUGCACACAGUCCUGGAUGUGAUCGGCGGAGCGCUGAUUUCGGCUGUGCUACUUGUGCUCUUGUAUCCUGCGUGGGACGUGAUAGACCACUUGCUGUUAACCAGUCCCUUCUGCCCACUGAUUUCCAUAGUUCUGCCUCUUGUCUUGUGUUACAACUACCCCAAACUAGACUAUUACAGCCCUACCAGGGGAGACACCACUACUAUCUUAGGAGCAGGAGCUGGAGCCACCGUGGGAUUUUGGUUAAAUAACCAGUAUGCCGUGCCAGCCUACACCAGUGACAAUUUUCAGUUUGGAUUUCAUCUGAUCACCAGUAAAACAGUGGUGCUCGUGCUAGCCAGGUUCUUUGUAGGUAUCUGUGUUGUUCUCCUGACACGCCAACUCAUGAAGAGUGUGGUCCUUGGCAUGCUGGGCUAUCGGUACAACUUUUCUAUUGGUGACCUGGAAGCCCGAAGACAACUGGAAGUGGAAGUGCCGUAUAAGUUUAUAACGUACUCCUCAGUAGGCUUCAGCGCUACUGUGCUUGUGCCGCUGCUGCAUGAGCUGUUAGGGCUGAUGUGAGCACAACACCUUCCUCACAAAGUGCUGUAUGGCACCACCAUUUCAGAGAUGCCACAAGUCGAUCAAGGCUGGCAACUUGACCAAAAAGUGUUCUGUGCCUUUCUGCACUGGCCUAAAACACACGCUUCGAAAGAGUCACAGGAAUAGCUGUACAUAAAUAACUUUGGGUUAGAAAUCACUGACCCCACUGUGUCCCAUAAUUAGUGACUCCUGGCCCAGAUGACUAUAGAUGACAAGUACAGAGUACAAAGCCAAAAUCCCGGUGGCAGCGUCUGGUUUGCCAGAGGCAGGGGCGCUGGGCAGCCUGGCUGUGCCUGGGGGAUGUUGGCCCCAGGGCUCUGCAGGCUGUGAAGUUGCUGCUGCCCAGGGCCUGCUCCGGCUACGGAGCCAGAAAGGGCUGGCCCCUGGCCACGGGGAGCCAGAGGCUGCUGCGGAGCGGGAAGGGGCCAUGAGACAGAGCUCUGUCUGCGCCCCACUGUCCCCUGGGGACCGGAGGCAAAGAAGAGCGGCUGAAGAUGGGAAGGUUAUGUGGAGGUGGAGGCUUUUCAAGUGCUGGCAGCUUCCUGCUGUCAUGCUUUGGUGGGAGCGUCCUGCUGGCCAAGACAGCAGGUUUCUUCAGCAACAGCGUCGGCAGAGAUCAGAGAUGGCCGCACUUGAGUACAACUGAGAGUUUCCUUAAAGAAACCUGAUGACUGUUGUACUCGUCACUUGUCAUAGUGUCUCUGACGGCACUGCCAGUCCUGGCUGGUUCUGUAUGUAUGGUUUCACCCACUACAGUCCCUCAAAAGAAACAAAACUAACCAAACAAACCCCAAACUAAAGCAAACACCCCCUCCCACCCCCCAACAAAUAAAAAAGUAAAAUAGAAGAAAAAAAAUCCAAUGAAAAAAAACCAUUUUAAGUGAUUUGUAAGAAAUUUAUAUUGCCUGUUAAUAAGAAAGUCUACACUAGAAGGUCCUUUCCUGACAUAUGACCAAGCAGAGUUGUUACCGCAAUGUUGAGGCUUGUGUUCAAACUGUUUAACUCUGUUUUAGUUUCCCAGUCUAGGGGACAGGACAAAGUCAUUCCUAUCACACAGGGGUGAAAAGUAGUGUCCUUAGACCACAUUGUGGAAGGAGCUGAGGGGUGACUCUGGUGACUGCAAUGUGUGGCGAUGAUAAAAUGCCAUCGUUUUCUGGUGCUGCACAGCAUUAUGGUUGGUCUUCCACACAUCUUGCAAUACUGUGUAUUACACUUGUAGAAUAGCAGUUGAGGAGUGAUCAUAGGAGGGCUGUCACUAUAACUCAGGCUGCUUCUUUAAAUAUAUAUAUAUAUAAGCAGUUGGACCUAUGAGCUGUUGAGAAAUACAGCGGUGAAUGUGGUCUGCUUGGCUAGAGAAACGUAACGCAAUAUGACCUCGGAGCUUCAAGUAUGGCCCCUGUGCCUUUCCCUGGCAGAAUGUAUAGUGAAAGCCAGCUUUUUAACCAUAUACGCUUGGUGUCUUAGCUGCAAGAGAAAUUAACCUGCAGAGUGUAAAGGAAGUGCUUUGCUAUCAGUUGGCCACUUGGAUAAAUAUAAUCAAGUUCCAGAAACGUAGCAGGGAGUUUUGUCUGAGGAGCGGGAAGCGUGCACCUGAAAGAGCCGUAAGACUUUAAAACCAGGUGAGUUGUCUCCAGAAGAAAUGCAGACAGAACUGGUCACCAUUUUUAGAUGUGGCCAGGCUGUGAUCAGCUGUUUUACGUGAGGCUGUGUGGACAUUACACACGCAUGCAGACAGCUCCAAGGUGUCUGUCAGGGAACAGGUGAGCGCUGGACUUGGCCACCAAAGCCACAGGGUCCUGUCCUCGCACUUCCUCCUUCCCACACGCCACAGAAGCGCUGCCAUCAGGCUUUCAAACACCUUUAAAGCUCCUUCUGUCAAGAGUGUUUCCUGAUUCACAGCUGCACAGCAGAGCUGGAGCCCUCUGGAGGUGCCACAUCACAGCGGACGGGACCAAAAUUGGGAAAAAAACUUGACCACCAUCUGAGUGUUUAAGCUGUGGGGUGGAAUCAGUCCCAAGAAAGGCACGGUUUGACAGGGACAGUCAUGCAGUUUUAUGUGUAAAAUUUCUGCUCUGAAUCACACCUAUUUUAUGCUAUGAAGAUUUUAUAAAUGACAUACGAAUGCCUGGAUUUAUAAAGGAUGUGCACAAGUAUUUUUAUAGUAUUCACCUGCAUGUGAUUCAUGCAAUACAUGCAAACUGUACUUGGGUCAAAUUUUAAAAUAUAUGUAUUUUGCAAAA